CGCCGCGCCGCUAGGCACCUGAAGGGAGUGACGGGCGCGUCUCCGCCCGGCCUCGUCCCACGGGCCCGCUCGGCUUGGCUUCUCCGCACUAAGUGCCAGGUUUUGGUGGACACUUGGCUGCUUGCAAUGAGGAAAGGUUCCCAACAAAAUUUUUCCAAGCCAAAGAUGCCAUCAUCAUCCCUUAUGCCCAGUAUGAGAUCUAGGUCACUUUCACCUUUAGGCGGAUCCGAGACUCCACCUUUUCAUUCUGGAAGACAGUGGUGUGAGCAAGUUGGGAUUGCAGAUGAAAACACUAUACUAUUGGACUACCAUGACCGUAGAGAAGCUGGUUCACGUGCAGGAGUUCGAUACAUUACAGAGGCUCUUAUAAAAAAACUUACUAAACAGGACAAUUUGGCCUUGGUAAAAUCUCUGAACCUUUCACUUUCUAAAGAUGGUGGCAAGAAAUUUAGGUAUAUCGAAAAUUUGGAAAAAUGUGUUAAACUUGAAGUACUGAAUCUCAGCCAUAAUCUAAUAGGGAAGAUUGAAAAGUUGGAUAAGCUGUUAAAAUUACGUGAACUCAACUUAUCAUAUAACAAGAUCUGCAAAAUUGAAGGCAUAGAAAAUAUGCAUAAUCUGCAAAAGUUAAACCUUGCAGGAAAUGAAAUUGAACAUAUUCCAGCAUGGUUAGGGAGGAAGUUAAAAUCUUUGCGAGUCCUCAAUCUGAAAGGCAACAAGAUAUCAUCGCUUCAAGAUGUAAGCAGGUUGAAACCACUUCAAGAUUUAACUUCUCUGAUCCUAGUUGAAAAUCCAGUUGUGACCCUUCCUCAUUAUCUCCAGUUUACCAUUUUUCACCUCCGUUCACUAGAAAGUUUGGAAGGUCAGCCAGUAACCACUCAGGACAGACAGGAAGCUUUUGAGAGAUUCAGUUUAGAAGAAAUAGAAAGACUGGAAAAAGACCUGGAAAAGAAGAUAAUGGAAACUGAAGAGCUGAAGAGCAAACAAACAAAGUUCCUGGAGGAAAUUAAAAAUCAAGAUAAAUUGAACAAAUCAUUAAAAGAGGAGGCCAUGUUACAAAAACAGAGCUGUGAGGAGCUAGAGAGUAACCUAAACACGAAAAAUGAAUUGCUAAAACAGAAGACCAUGGAACUAACGCGAGCAUGUCAGAAACAGUAUGAGCUGGAACAGGAAUUGGCCUUUUAUAAAAUUGAUGCCAAAUUUGAGCCACUAAAUUAUUAUCCAUCAGAGUAUGUUGAAAUUGAUAAAGCCCCAGAUGAAAGCCCUUAUAUUGGCAAAUCUAGAUACAAGAGAAAUAUGUUUACCAGAGAAAGUUACAUUACUGAUAAAGCCCAGCCAAUAAAGAUCAAGAAGUUGGAGCCAGAUGAAGGAGAACAACCUAUAAAUGAGCAGAAGAACUUGAGAGCCCAUAUGCCACUGGACAUACAGUUGGAAGACAAAGAAAGAAAAAUAAGUGCAGCACAAACUCGACUAUUGGAACUGCAUGAUGAAAUAGAAAAGGCAGAACAACAAAUUUUAAGAGCUACUGAAGAAUUUAAACAACUGGAAGAAGCUAUACAGCUUAAAAAAGUUUCAGAAGCAGAGAAAGACCUUCUUUUCAAGCAGUUGAGUGGUAAGAUACAACUUCUGAAUGAACUACGUCAAGAAGCUCUGGAUCUAGAAAUGCAGUUGGAGAAGCAAAGGCAAGAAAUGGCUAAAAAGCAGAAGGAGAUCAAAGACCUUCAUAUAGCCAUAGAUAGCUUGGAUUUCGAAGACCCAAAACAUUGCCAUAUGAAGGCUCAGAAAAGGGGUAAAGAACAACAGCUUGACAUUAUGAACAAGCAGUACAAACAACUUGAAAGCCGUUUGGAUGAGAUACUUUCUAGAAUUGCUAAAGAAACUGAAGAGAUUAAGGACCUUGAACAACAGCUUACUGAAGGCCAGAUAGCAGCAAAUGAAGCCCUGAAGAAGGAUUUAGAAGGUGUCAUCAGUGGGUUGCAAGAAUACUUGGAGACUGUCAAAGGCCAGGCAAGUCAGGCUCAGAAUGAGUGCAGGAAGCUCCAGGAUGAGAAAGAGACAUUGCUGCGGAGACUGACCGAGGUUGAGCAGGAGAGGGACCAACUGGAAAUAGUUGCCAUAGAUGCAGAAAAUAUGAGGAAGGAACUUGCAGAGCUAGAAAGUGCCCUCCAAGAGCAGCAUGAGGUGAAUGCAUCUUUGCAGCAGACCCAGGGAGAUCUCAGUGCCUAUGAGGCUGAGCUCGAGGCUCAGCUGAAAGUACGAGAUGCUGAAGCCAAUCAGCUCAAGGAAGACAUGGAAAAACUAACAAGUCUCAGCCAGUUAGAACAAUUAGCCCUUCAUGCAGAACUUGAGAAGGAAAAGCAAGCCCUCAAGGAUGCCCUCGGAAAAGCCCAGUUCUCAGAAGAAAAGGACCAAGAAAACAGUGAGCUCCGCAAGCAACUUAAACAGCUGCAGGAUGACAAUAAUCUAUUGAAACAGCAACUUAAAGAUUUCCAGAAUCACCUUAACCAUGUGGUUGAUGGUUUGAUUCAUCCAGAAGAAGUGGCAGCUCGUGUGGAUGAACUACGGAGAAAACUGAAAUCAGGAGCUGGGGAAAUGAGAAUCCAUAGUCCUUCAGAUGUCUUAGGGAAAAGUCUUGCUGAUUUGCAGAAACAAUUCAAUGAAAUUCUUGCAUGCUCCCAGUGGGAAAGAGAGGAAGCACAAGUAAGAGAGAGAAAACUCCAAGAAGAAAUGGCUCUGCAACAAGAGAAACUGGCAAAUGGACAAGAAGAGUUCAGGCAGGCCUGUGAGAGAGCCCUUGAAGCAAGAAUUAAUUUGGAUAAGAGGCAACAUGAAGCAAGGAUCCAGCAGUUGGAGAAUGAAAUUCACUAUUUGCAAGAAAACCUAAAAAAUAUGGAGGAAAUCCAAGGCCUUACAGAUCUCCAACUUCAGGAAGCUGAUGAAGAGAAGGAGAGAAUUCUGGCCCAACUCCAAGAGUUAGAGAAAAAGAAGAAACUUGAAGAUGCCAAAUCUCAGGAGCAGUUUCUUGGUCUAGAUAAAGAAUUAAAGAAACUAAAAAAAGCAGUGGCUGCCUCUGAUAAGCUAGCCACAGCUGAGCUCACCAUUGCUAAAGACCAGCUUAAGUCCCUUCAUGGAACUGUUAUGAAAAUUAACCAGGAGCGAGCAGAGGAGUUGCAGGAAACAGAGAGGUUCAGCAGAAAGGCCAUGCAAGCAGCCAGGGAUCUGACUCGAGCAGAAGCAGAGAUUGAACUCCUACAGAAUCUUCUCAGGGGUAAAGAGGAACAGUUUCGUAUUGAGAUGGAGAAAGCAGAUGUAGAUACCACAGGAGCAGACUCACAGGUACUGGAAAUGGAGAAGCUGAAUGAGACCAUGGAGAGGCAAAGGACAGAGAUCGCAAGGCUGCGGAACUUACUAGACCUCACUGGGGCCGAUAAAGGAAACUUUGAAAACAUUUUGGAAGAAAUUGCUGACCUUCGACGUGAAGUUUCUUGUCAGAAUGAUUACAUCAGCAGCAUGGCAGAUCCUUUCAAAAGACGAGGCUAUUGGUACUUUAUGCCGCCACCAUCAUCAUCAAAAGUUUCCAGCCACAGUUCCCAGGCCACCAAGGACUCUGGUGUUGGCCUAAAGUACGCAGCCUCAACUCCUAUUAGAAAACCGCAUCCUGGGCAGUCAGAUGGGAAGGAAGGCAGUGGACCUCCACCUGCCUCAGGAUACUGGGUUUAUUCUCCCAUCAGGAGUGGGUUACAUAAAUCGUUUUCAAAUAGAGAUGCAGACAGUAGAGGAGACAGCCCAGAAGAGAGCGAGCUGGAUGACCAGGAGGACCACCCAUUUGUGCCUCCUCCUGGAUACAUGAUAUACACUGUGUUUCCUGAUGGCUCUCCUGUGCCCCAAGGCAUGGCCCUGUAUGCACCACCUCCUCCCUUGCCCAACAAUAGCCAACCUCUCACGCCUGGCACUGUUGUUUAUGGCCCACCUCCUUCUGGGGUUCCCAUCGUUUAUGGACCUCCACCCCCCAACUUCUCCAUCCCCCUCAUCCCUGUGGGCGUGCUGCAUUGCAACGUCCCGGAACACCGUAACUUAGAGAGUGAAGUUUCUAGAUUGGAAGACAUAAUGCAGCAUUUAAAAUCAAAUAAAUGGGAACAGUGGAUGAGAGUAUCCAAGCAGCAGUCUGAGAAAGAAAUGGAAGAACUGCAUCAUAAUAUUGAUGGUCUUUUGCAAGAGAAGAAAGACUUAGAGCAUGAAGUAGAAGAAUUACAUAGAACCAUCCAGAAGCAUCAACAGCGAAAAGAUUUCAUUGAUGGAAAUAUGGAGAGUUUUAUGAAUGAACAAGAAAUGGAAGAAUCACUCAAACACCAUGAGGAUAUUGUAGAUGAAAUUGAGUGUAUUGAGAAGACCCUUCUGAAACGUCGAGCAGAGCUCAGGGAAGCUGAUCGACUGCUGGCGGAAGCUGAGAGUGAACUUUCAUGCACAGAAGAGAAAACAAAAAAUGCUGCUGAAAAGUUCGCUGAUGCCAAGAGAAAGUUAUUGCAAACUGAGAAAGAUGCUGAGGAAUUAGAAAGGAGAGCUCAGGAAACUGCUGUCAACCUUGUCAAAGCCGACCAGCAGCUCAGAUUGAUCCAGGCUGACACAAAGGAUUUGGAGCAGCACAAAAUCGAACAAGAAGAAAUCUUGGAAGAAAUAAACAAGGUUGUUGCAGCAAAAGACUCAGACUUCCAGUGUCUAAACAAGAAGAAGGAAAAACUGACCGAAGAGUUGCAGAAACUGCAAAAAGACAUCGAGGCCGCAGAACGCAGUGAGGAUCAUCACUUGCAGGUCCUUAAAGAGUCAGAGACCCUCCUGCAGGCCAAGAGGGCAGAGCUGGAGAAGCUGAAAAGCCAGGUGACAGCUCAGCAGCAGGAGAUGGCUGUCUUGGACAGGCAGUUAGGGCAUAAAAAGGAGGAGCUGCAUCUACUCCAAGAAAGCAUGGUCCAGGCCAAAGCUGACCUCCAGGAAGCCCUGACACUGGGCGAAACUGAAGUAACUGAGAAGUGCAAUUACAUUAGGGAAGUGAAAUCUCUUCUGGAAGAAAUGAGUUUUCAAAAAGGAGAACUGAAUGUCCAAAUUAGUGAAAAAAAAACUCAACUUACUCUUAUAAAGCAGGAAAUUGAAAAAGAAGAAGAAAAUCUUCAGGUAGUUUUAGGGCAAAUGUCUAAACAUAAAACUGAACUAAAGAAUAUUCUGGACAUGCUGCACCUUGAAAACAAUGAGCUACAAGGUUUGAAGCUACAGCAUGAUCAAAAGAUGUCUGAGUUAGAGAAGACUCAGGUUGAAGUAUUAGAGGAGAAACUGGAGUUAGAGAAUUUGCAGCAGGCAGCCGUGCGACAAAAAGGGGAAAUAGAGUGGCAGAAGCAGCUCCUCGAAAGGGACAAACGGGAAAUAGAGCGAAUAACUGCUGAGAACCGAGCAUUGCAAUCAUGUAUUGAGUCUUUGUGUGAAGAAAAGCAAGAUCUGGAAGAGAAAUGUGACAGCUGGGAAAAGAAGUUGGCACAAACCAAACGGGUUUUAGCAGCUACAGAAGAAAAUAGCAAAAUGGAGCAAUCGAACUUAGAAAAACUGGAAUUGAGUGUCAGAAAACUGCAGCAGGAGCUAGACCAGUUAAACCAGGACAAGCUCUCCCUGCAUGAAGACAUAGCAGCCAUGCAGCAGCAGCUACAAGAAAAACGAGAAGCAGUAAACUUGUUACAAGAAGAACUAGCUGAUGUUCAAGACCAUUUGAACCUAACAAAACAGGACCUGCUCCACACCACCCGGCGGAAUGAUGCACUGCUCAGUGAGCAGACCAGGCUCCAGAGGGACAUCAGUGAGUGGAUAAAGAAGUUCGAAGGCUGCCAAAAAGAAGAGGAGACAAAACAGCAACAGCUUCAAGUGCUCCAGAAUGAGAUUGAAGAAAACAAAGCCAAACUAGCGCAACAAGAAAUGAUGUUUCAAAGACUCCAGAAAGAGAGAGAAAGUGAAGAGAGAAAAUUAGAAGCAAGUAAAGCGACACUGAAGGAGCAGCAGCAGCAACUGGAAAAGGAAGUAACAGACCAGAAAAGCAAACUGGACCAGGUGCUCACAAAGCUGCUGGGGACCGAAGAGCGUGUCAGGACUCUGCAGGAAGAGGAGAGGUGGGGUGAUGCCCUGGAGAAGACACUCUCCCAAACCAAACAACAGCUUUCAGAACGGGAGCAGCAGUUAGUGGAAAAGUCAAAUGAGCUGCUUGCUCUCCAAAAAGAGACAGAUUCUAUGAGGGCCGACUUCAGCCUCCUGCGGAACCAGUUCUUGACGGAAAGAAAAAAAUCCGAGAAACAGGUUCUCAGCCUGAAGGAAGCACUUAAAAUCCAGCGGAACCAACUGGAGAAAAACCUUCUUGAGCAAAAGCAAGAGAACAGCUGCAUGCAGAAGGAAAUGGCAACAAUCGAGCAGGUGGCCCAGGACAACCACGAACGGGCCAGGCGCCUGAUGAAGGAGCUCAACCAGAUGCAGCAUGAGUACACGGAACUCAAGAAACAGAUGGCAAACCAAAACGAUUUGGAGAGAAGACAAAUGGAAAUCAGCGAAGCAAUGAGGACACUUAAAUCUGAGGUGAAAGAUGAAAUCAGAACCAGCCUGAAGAAUCUCAACCAGUUUAUUCCAGAACUACCAGCAGAUCUGGAAGCUAUUUUGGAAAGGAACGAAAACCUAGGAGGGUUGGAAAGCUUGAAGGAGAACUUUCCAUUCACCAUGAGUGAGAGGCCAUCACCUUUGGAAGAAAAACCUAAUUUUUCCCAGGUUCACAUAAUGGAUGAACACUGGCGGGGAGAAGCACUGCGAGAGAAACUGCGGCACCGUGAAGAUCGGCUCAAGGCGCAACUUCGACGCUGUAUGUCUAAGCAAGCAGAAGUGUUAAUCAAAGGGAAGCAGCAGACAGAGGGCACAUUACACAGCUUGAGGAGACAAGUCGACGCGCUAGGGGAACUGGUCACCAGCACCUCCGCAGAUUCCAUAUCGUCACCAUCACCCAGUCUGUCUCAGCUGGAGUUUUCUUUUGCAGAGGACUGUCAGCUUGGACCAAGCCAGAGCUGCUUCCAACAAGUCUUACAAGGUCCCUCAAAAUUACGAGACAGUUACCGACAUUGAUGCCAUUCCAGGCUUCCUGCUCACAGGGAAACAAUGGUUCAGCCAGAUGAGUAGUACUAUCUUGCAUAAAUGUAUCUGAGGAAAGACCUCCACUACCUCACUAACUUCAUUGUUGGAAUGCCACUUGGUUUUUAUCAAGAUCCAGUGAAUUCAGAUGCUGAAACUCCACUGUAGUUUAUCAUACUUGAACCAUUAAGGCCAGGGUUUUUGUAAGUCACGUGCACAUAUGGGAACAGUUGUAUAAAAUUUAAAACAGGGUCCUAGAUUGCUGAGCAUUUUUAAUCUUUGAAAUGUGCUAUUAUAAAAACCUAUGCUGAAUGUAACUGCAAAUUUGAAUCUAUAAAUUGUUAAAAUCUAUAAUUACAAAGAAAAAUAUAUACUUAGGCCCCUCUUCA